AUGGCAAUGUCGCCCAUCAACAGCCAAGGGCUGGACGCGCACGCCAAGGUGGUGAGAGCGUUCCAUUCGAUGGAACAGUGGCUUGGCGGCUCGACCGUCAAAACCGAACACAUUGCCCAGGGACCGUCGUCUACCGUCUACAAAUUGUAUUCUGGAAGGUUUGUUUUUUUUGCUUUUUUUUGGGGGGGGGGGGGGGAGGUAAAAAAUUUUAAUUUUUAAAUCCACCCCCUUUCUAGCCCGAAAAAAACCCUCCCAAUGUCAUGUAUAACAUCAAAUCCGUUUCAGAUUCAACUCGGACGUUGCUAUGAAACUCGUAAACACCACCGCCUUACCGCCCAACUACGAAUCCACCUUUUUGCAGCGAGAAAUCGAGAUCUGCCAGUCCAUCCGCCAUCCCUUCAUUUGCCACACCUUUGGGGUUUAUCAGCCCCACAAGACAUUGGUGGCCUUCGUAUUUGAAUAUUAUCAUGGUGGGACUAUGUUGGACAUGAUUCUGAAGAAGAAUAAGAUUCCUGGUUGGUUUAUCGUGUUUUGGGGGGGGGGGCUUUUUUGGUUUUGAAAUUUGUUUUUUUGACUUUUUUUGAAUUUUUUAAAAUUUUUUUAAAAUUUUUGAAAUUUCAAAAUUUUGAGUUUUAUAAUUUGUUUUCCAGAAAACCAGUCAGCAGUAAUAUUUCGUCAGUUAAUCGAAGCCUUGCGCUACUUGCACGAAAUGAAUAUUGUACAUCGUGAUGUAAAACUUGAGAAUAUAUUGUUUGAUAACUUUGGCAAUGUCAAGUUGGCCGAUUUUGGGUUUGCCAGGAGAAUGCAUUCGAAGCUACAGAGGUCCAAGUCUUUCUGCGGCACAAAGUAAGACUUUUUAUACCUUUUUGUAAACUUUUUAAUCUGAUAUGAUAUAGAAUGAUAUGCGUAUACUGUGGUAAAAUAUAGAAUAUUUUACGAAAUUUAGUAGGGCGCGGUGGGCUACGAUUAGGGCUAGGGGUAGGGCUAUGGCUAGAGCUAGAAGCUAGAGCUCAAAGUAGGGCCAAGGCUAGGGAUAGAGCUAGUCCUAGGGCUAAAGUAGGACGAACGUUAGGGCUAGACUAUAGGCUAGGACUAGGGAACUUCCUGAUUUGUUUUUAUGUUUUCUAGGAACUUUUUGACUGUACCCCAGUGCCUAGUAUUCAACUUUUGAUGUUUAAAUAAUCUUUUAAUUUCAGACCUUACUCAUGCCCGGAUGUCGUAAUGAGAAAAGAAUACGAUCCAUACGCUAACGACUGGUACUCUCUUGGCGUUGUGUUGUACACAUCAAUCAGUGGAAGGUGGCCUUAUGUGAGUAUUUUUGGAUGUAUUUAUUAAUUUUAUUUUUCAUCCUACUACAAUAUGAUUUUUAGUCAAUUAUGGUUUUAAGUGUAGAAAAAGAGGUAUUUGAGAGAGCUAACAAGCUUUUCUUACCUAAUUUUAUGCUUUUUAACCUAAAAUAUCAAAAAAUGUUUAGAAUAGCUUUAUUUUGCUUUCUUAAAUAUAAAAUUUUUUAUUUUAUGUCAUUCUUUAUCAUAUGUAUUCCUUUUAACUUCAAUUUUUUUGUCAUUUCCAGAACCUUCAAGACAUCGACGAAGUUACCAAAGGCGGUAGCUGGCCUCACAUCUGGUACCCUCCAGAGCUGUUCUCUCCAGAAGCGGCCGAGCUGCUCCACUGUCUUCUGAACAGAAUUGCUUACAUGAGACCGGACUACCACGUUUGUUUGACCAGUCCAUUCAUGAAAAAGUAUGGACAAGGAAUAGCCAGUCAUCCCAUUGUAAGAGGACCCUACAAUGCUCUGGCUUGA